AUGGGCCCCUAUACCGCAUCCUCAUGCUGCUGCCAAGUCCAGAGGUGUCAUGGGCCCCCGUACCGACCCAAAUGCGUCCCCAGGCCCGUAAUCUUCAUGGGCCCCUGUCCCCCACCCCUCCCUGCUGCUGCCAGGUCCAGUUUGUGUCAUGGUACCUGUAGGCCUCCCAUUGUGCUGCAGGGCCUGUAAUCUGCCAUGGGCCCCGUACCGGACUCCUCAUGCUGCUGCCAGGCCCCAUAAUCUUGCCCAUGGGCCCCUGUACCGCCUCUCCUCAGCUGGCUGCCAGGUCCAUAGGGUGUCAUGGGUCACCAGUACGGCCUCCCAUUCGCUGCUCGUCUCUAUCGCCACACUCUGCCAUGGUGCCACUUUCAGGUCUUCCUCAACACUGCUGGUGGUUUCCAUUUUUGUCAUUAGGGUGCUGUAUGGCCUCCCAUUGCUUGCUGCCUCCACCGCCACACUGUGGCUCCAUCACUCUGGUUUGGGCCCGUGGACUGGCCAAAAUGAUGUGAAGUGUGCGGUGAUUCUAAGAUCGACUGCACUCAUCUGCCAUGUCAAUUUCUGCCUGACAGUAUUAUUUCUCUUCGUCCCAGCAGACUCCAAGGGCCAUUUAAAUUAAAGGUACCAAGUGUUCAGCACUAAUAUUA